ACACCAUCCAUUAAAAUGAAAACAAAGCUUUGAUCAAAAGACAAAAAAGCUACCACGGUGGAUGCACUGUGUUUUCUCACUUUGCCACAUCAUCCUCUCUAUCCCCCGCCCCCACCGGCCGCUAUUCCACCGGCAAGUCGCCGUCGGCGAACUCGUCGGAUCUUCUAAAACCCUUCGAAUUUUUAUAUCAUUCAUAAAAUGAGUCGAUAACGCUUGCUUUACUCGCAGAUCUAAUUCAGUGUCGCAAUAAGUUGGAAGGAUUUGUAAAAGCAAUAUAUCAAUUUACUAAUGGCUGCGCCGAAUAUGGAUCAAUUCGAGGCCUAUUUUCGGCGAGCUGAUUUCGAUCAGGAUGGUCGGAUCAGUGGCCCUGAGGCUGUUGCCUUUUUCAAAGGCUCCAAUUUGCCUCAACCAGUCCUCGCUCAGAUAUGGACCUAUGCUGAUCAAAGUCGUACUGGGUUCCUUGGUCGCCAAGAAUUUUAUAAUGCUCUUAAGCUCGUCACAGUGGCACAAAAGCGAGAGUUGACUCCAGAAAUAGUGAAGGCUGCACUAUUCACUCCAGCUUCAGCUAAAAUUCCUGCCCCCCAAAUAAACCUUGCAGCUGUACCCGUUCCCCAACCAACUAAUAAGGUUGGGGCUGCAGUUCCUCCAGUUAGUGGUGCUACUCCAACAGCAGCUCAAACUUUUGGCAUUAGGGGUCAACACGGCUUACCAGCUCAGCAAAGUCAUUACAUGAGGCCUCCUCGGCCCUCGAAUCCAAGCCCUGGUUUCCAAUCUCAACCAAAUAUUUCUGGUCAAGGAAUGCUAGUUGGAAGUACUGUUGUAGCUUCUCGCCCUCCCAGUUCCACUGAUUUGCCUGCUGGUCGGAAUGGUGGCUCACAAGCAGGUCCUGGUUCCCAAGCCCCAAAUACAAGUGUCAGUUCUAGAAGUCAGGAUGCAUUUGGUCUUGUUGCAUUGACGCCUUCUGCACAACAAACCCAACAAGCAACCACGUCAUCACUGCAACUAGAUCUAUCAAAAUCAAAUGAUGCAACUUUGUCGCAUGGUAACCUGCUUGAUGCCAAAGUUCCUAAAGCCGUUCCAGUGGCAGGAAAUGGAUUUCCAUCGGAUUCACUCUUUGGAGAUGUUUUUUCAGUUGCGUCAGUUCAACCCAAGCAAAGCUCCACACCAACUAUAUCUUCUGCAGUUUCAUCAGCCACAGUCCCAACACCUACAGGGCCCCAACCUUCUAUAAAGGCUAGCUCAGUUGAUUCGCAGACUACACUUCCUCAGCAACCGGUUCACCAGCACCAGCAAGCUCAUUUGAUUGUGAGACCGAACCAACAGUUUCAAGUGCAAAGUUCUGCUGCAAUUCCUAGUGCAGCUAGAAAUUCUCUUCCAGGCCAGUCUCAGCUUCCGUGGCCAAGGAUCACGCAGUCUGACUAUCAGAAGUAUAGCAAAGUAUUUAUGGCAGUGGACACAGACAGGGAUGGAAAAAUUACUGGCACGGAGGCACGGAGCCUGUUUCUAAGUUGGAAGCUGCCUCGAGAGGUCUUAAAACAGGUGUGGGAUUUAUCGGAUCAAGACAAUGACAGCAUGCUUUCUCUGAGGGAAUUCUGCAUUGCACUUUACCUGAUGGAGCGGCACAGGGAAGGUCGCCCUCUUCCUUCAGUCCUUCCAGCUAAUCUUAUCUUUGACGAGUCGUUAUUGCCUGCUUCUGGUCAGCCUACAGGAACACAUGGUGUGACAGCUUGGAGACACACAUCAGGUUUCCAGCAAACACAGGGGCCAAGGGGGGCACACCAAGUGGCUUCUGGUGCUCCGGGGAAGCCUCCACGUCCAGUUCCCAUUCCCCAGCCUGAUGAAGCUGUGCAGCCUAGUAAACAGAAGCCGAAAGUUCCAGUAUUGGAGAAGCAUCUGGUUGACCAACUUAGCACAGAGGAACAGGAUUCAUUGAACUCGAAGUUCCAGGAAGCAACUGAUGCAGAGAAGAAGGUCAUGGACCUGGAGAAGGAAAUUUUAGAUGCCAAAGAAAAAAUUCAGUUCUACCAUGCAAAGAUGCAAGAAUUAAUUCUAUACAAAAGCCGAUGCGAUAAUAGACUAAAUGAGAUCACCGAAAGAACUUCUGCUGACAAAAACGAGGUCGAAUUACUGGCUAAAAAAUAUGAAGAGAAAUACAAGCAGACUGGAGAUGUUGCUUCUAAGUUGACAAUUGAGGAGGCCACAUUUCGGGAUAUUCAGGAGAAAAAAAUGGAGCUUUAUAGAACGAUUGUCAAAAUGGAUCAAGAUGGCAAAACUGAUGGUAUCCAGGACCGUGCUAAUCAGAUUCAGGCAGACCUCGAGGGGCUAGUAAAAGCAUUGAACGAACGCUGCAAAACUUAUGGGCUACGGGCCAAACCAACUACUCUGCUUGAGCUUCCAUUUGGUUGGCAACCGGGCAUCCAAGAGGGGGCAGCUGACUGGGAUGGAAAGUGGGAUAAAUUUGAUGAUGAAGAUUUCACAUUUGUGAAAGAGCUCACUCUCGAUGUACAAAAUGUCAUUGCCCCUCCUAAACCAAAAUGCCCAUUGGUUCGGGAGAAAGCAUCUUCUUUGAAUGACCAUGAUACUGGAAAAUCAUCUGCCGAUGCUGGCACUGAUGCAAAGGCAGAGAAGUUACCAAGCCCAGUAAAAGCUAGAGAGAGUGAUGUGGAGACUGCCCAUGCAGCAAGAAGUCCAGCUGAUAGUCCAACCAGAAGUAGUGCAGUUGAGAGCCCGUCAAAAGAAUUUGAAGAAUCACUGAAUAGGAAGGACAGUACUUUUGAUGGUUCACCCCAUGCUGCCCAAAGUGAACACUGGGGAACUGAGUCUGUGUUCUCUGGGGACAAAAGUUUUGAUGAAUCUGGUUGGGGUGCAUUUGAUACAGGCCGUGAUGCAGAUGCUGCGUGGGACUUCAAUUCUGCUUCUAAGGAUUCUCUUUUUGAUGAUGAUGACUGGGGCCUAAAGCCUAUAAAAACGGGCUCCACAAAUUCCAGCAUCACACUCCCGAAGCAAACCCCAUUUUUCGAUUCUGUUCCUAGCACCCCUAGUUACAAUAGUGGGAUUAGUUACUCAGAGAACCAGUUCCCAAAGCAAAGCCUAUUCUUUGAUUCUGUUCCAAGCACCCCAAGUUACAACCCCGGAGUCCCACAGGCAGACAACUUGUUCUCUAGGCAAAGUCCUUUCUUUGAUUCUGUUCCUAGCACACCAGCCUAUAAUGCAGGUGGCUCCCCACUUGCAGAUAACACGUUCCAGCAAAAGAGUCCAUUUGCCUUCGCUGACUCGGUUCCUAGCACACCUAUGUUUAGUUCUACGCCUCGAAGAUCUAGUGAUAUGUCUGAGGAGCCCUUGAGCAGCUUUUCCAGAUACGAUUCCUUCAACACGCACGAUGGUGGCCCCUUUGCUAGUCGUGAGUUUUCAAGAUUUGAUUCGAUGCGCAGCACUACAGACUCUGAGUAUGAUAAUGGUUUGUCCCAGCAGCGUGACUCCUUCGCUAGGUUUGAUUCAUUUCGCAGCACGGCAGACUCUGAUUAUAAUUUUGGGCUCUUUCCCCCUCAAAAGUCACUAUCAAGGUUUGAUUCUAUCGGCAGCACCCGUGACACAGAUUAUGGUCAUGGUUUCUCAUCCUUUGAUGAUGCAGAUCCAUUUGGGUCCCAUCAUGAACCAUUUAAGACAUCAGUGGGGAGUCAGACACCAAAGAGAGAUUCUGAUAGUUGGAAAGCAUUUUAAUGUGGUAAUGGAUUUCCUUGCUCGCAUAU